UCAUCCUCUCUACAGAGUAAUUGAUGCUUAAUGAUUGAAACACCUCACACAGUUGUAUGUCCAUAAACAUAAACUGAAUAAUUAGCCAAAAACACCUCAUAGUUUUGUGUCCACCAAUUUAAUAAGUGCAUAGUAGCAACAUGACAUAGACACCCACAUGCCCUCUCAAUCAAAACACUGUGACAGCUUUCUAAAUUAACCACUUUUUCUAAAUUUCUUUUUGGCACCUCUCCUCUCACCAUAUAUACAUUUCCACCAGACCAAAAUUCAAACAACAUUUAUCUCUCUCUAUUUUUUGGGCAAUAAAUGGAUGAAAAUGAGGCCGCCGGCGAACUGCUGGAGGAUUGCUGGUUCUUCGGCAACCUUCUUCAGACCAAAUCCAAUUCGAGAAUGCUGAGAAGCUUCUCCGAUCCCUGCUCCUCCUCCAAUUUCCCGGCUAAAUCGUACGAGGAGGCGUACGAGACCAUCAACAAAGGAAAAACCAAGUCCCAUAGAAAAACGGCGUCGUCCAAGAAGAGCAGCGGCGGCAGCUUAGUCCGUGCCCCCUCACUGCCCACAACCUUGGAGACUGAUGAUUUUCAUGAUGAUGAAGAAGUGGAAUUCUCCAUGGGCAAAUUGAUCAGACAAGCUUCUCUCAACUACUCCGAUACUCGCCCUCCAAGGCAAAUUGCUUCUAAGAAUUUGACGGCGAGCCCGAGCCUAACGCGGCAGAGAUCGAGGUUGAAACCGGAGGCGGCGGAGGAGAGUUUGGAGAUUGAAGAGUUGCAAGGUCGAUUUAAGGAUUUGGGAUUGAUCGAUGUGGAGAAGAAAGAUUUGAUCGUGCAGGAGAGGAGGAGAAUGGAGGAAUACGAAGAGCGGAGGGCUCCGCCGCCGGUGCCGCGGUGGGGCGGGAAGAGAGCGCCGGAGGAUAUGAAGGCGCAGAUCAAGUUCUGGGCCCGGGCGGUGGCGUCUAACGUGCGCCAGGAGUGUUGAUGCGAUCUGCAAUAAUAAGUCAUCAAAUCUUAACAACAUACGUAGCCUUAGGAUUCCAACUUUCCAAUAAUUUUGUCCUCCUCCUCACUUUGUUUCAAACAAAUCAUCAUCAUAUUCAUACUUCUCUCUCUAACAUUGUGGCCAAAACACAACACAAGCAUUCUUUUCAAGAUUUUGUAAACCAAAUACAUUUUACAUUUUUCUGUUUGUCGUUGAGAUACACAUGAAUUUCUCGUAAAUAUGGAUUUUAUUGAUUUCUAGAUUA